GUCCAAGUAUCGACCGCGGCCGCAAGAGUCAGAUCGAGCGAGAUCCAAGCAGCGCGCGGCUUUCGACAACGGGCAGCAUGGCAGCAGCCACAACGACGGCGGUGGCCGAGGCACGGAUGCGGCCGCCAGAGGGUUCGAUCGCUCGUGCGAGCCACUCCAGCCGACGAACGAGUGUCGUCCGAGAGGACAGUGCAGCCGGAAUGCAGGCCCGCAACCCUCAACAGCCAGCUCCGGCGCCUGUGCAGCGAUCGCCAAGCCUGUUAUCGCCAGGGAUUCAGAGAGAAGGAUCGGUUUAUUCGCAGCGGUCGUCUCGCGGCGGGCGGGCCGACUCGCUAUCCUCGGUGGAGCGGUCUGAUAUCAAGUCGACGCCUGCCAGCCGUGCCGAAGCAGGCCGCCUGGCUCCACAGGCCGAGGCCCAGAAAAAGCCCGUCAAGCGAAGCGUGAGCAUCUCAUCCAAGGUGUCGACCAGGCGAUCUGAGAAAUUCGUCGUGGCGCUCUAUGACUAUACUGGCGACACGGACGAGGAGCUCAACUUUUACACCAACGAUGUCUUUCGGGUCAUCAACGAUGACAAUCCAGACUGGUGGUUUGUACAGUUCAUCGGCGAACCGCCGCGCGAGGGCUAUAUUCCCUCAAACUAUGUCGAAAUCAAAGAGUACUACGGCAGCCAGACAGACGAAAACGAGAGAAGACCAACGCUGUCACAUCGGAAGGGACGCCCAAGAGCAGACUCGGAUGAAUCCAGAAGCUGCACUGACGACGACGGCGGCGGCGGUGAAGGGGACGGUAGCGAUAACAAUUAUGGCACUGAUGGCGGUGGAGACGACGAUGACGAUGGUGGUGACGUCAGUGAUUCCGAUAGUCGCGGUGACGGCAGAGACAAUCGGCGGCAUCGUGCUCGUUUGAGUCGAGACGCACCCAUCAAACUCAAGGCAAAGGGCAGAAUGCCUCGAUCAAGCGGUCGUAGUAACCAACCGACAUCUACAAACGAUCGUGCCGAGCCACAGCGGCCAAAGGUUCGGAAACGACCGAACAGGCCGACAGCGACCAAGCAGCAUGACGACUUGAGGAUGUACGGACCGCUACCUCAGGGCUUUCGUCACUCGACCCUGUUUCGCCUCUACGGCGAGGGCAUCGGGCAUUCUUCAGACUACCUCUAUCCGGACUAUGAGGAAUCGGGACUGGGAUUCUGCGACAUCUUCUAUGACUUCAAGAAGAGCCGAAUCCGCCGGCGUUUGGUGAAGUGCACCAUCGCAUUCAGUCUCAUGGAGGCCCGCAACGUGCCUUUGCCUGGCCCCGGCGUUACCAUCCUUGGGCGGCAUGUCCGGCUGUCUCUCUUUGACAAGACCGAUGUGCUCAGCAACAUUCAUUGCGUGCCGGCCAGCUUCAAUCCCGAGUUUGGAGACGCCUGGAAGUUCACCACCAAGCCCUCCCUCCUGUUCCCCAAGGACGACGAGAACACAUGCUUUCUGAGGGUCAACGACGUCGACAUUCGGCUGUGCAUUUUGUUUGAGCUCUGUUUGGUGGUUGUCAAGCCAGGGGCGACCAAGAACCCGUAUGCCCCGCGCGAUGAUAUACAUGAAAUCAGCUGCGGAUGGGGCCUCCUCCCGCUCUACACAUCCGACGGCGGGCCGAUCGACAACCGCACUUAUGACAUCAAGCUCUAUGGAGGCACGCCCUUUGACGAAGACGUGAACAGCCUCGACUCGGCCGAGCCCAAAGGAUUCUUCUCGCGGCUCCUGAGUCCGAACCGAAUGCCGAGGCUGGUGAUUCGUGUGUGGAAGCUGGGCAAGUCGGUGAUGACGAAACUCAACGAGCUGCCCGAUGUCAUGAUCGGCAGCCUGGCGGCUGUUCCUGUCUUGGCCGCCUACCGCGAGCUCCUGGCCAACCAUAUCUACGUCCAGAAGGAAACAGCACAGAGGGCGUCGGUGCUGGGACCUAGUGCCGAAGCGGCGUUGGCACUGCUGCCCAAGCUCGUUGAGCAACAUGAUGUCCUGCUGAUGCUGGUUCAUCUGUGGGAGAAGAAGCUGCAAUCGUUGACCAGAGACGAGAAGAAAUCCUUCCGGAUUCUCAAGGCCAAGUUCACGGAAUGCGUCCUUGCGCUAUGGCCACUCAGCUGCAUCCACGAAGUCCCCGAGUAUGUCUCUGGCGACGACGACCGCACCCAUCUGCGCCAGGUGUUUCUGGCCAAGUGGAGGGAGGUCGGGCCGAUGGAGUCGCUGACCCGCAACCCAGAGCGGUUCACAUACGAGCCCUUCCACACGGACGAGUCCGAGCUGGAUCUGCUCAACCCCGAUCUGCGAUUCGUCUAUUAGGCCACACGAAAUAUACGAUACAAGGCACUGUGGCCAUUGUCGGUAGCCACCAUCGGAUGUGCUGGAAGCUGCGAGGGGCGAUGGCAGCCACCCAGUGUGUUGGAUGGACGGAUGGAUGA